AUGGCCAUGACACUCGGCAAGGAUGUCUCGGCGCUGUUUCCUGACGUAUUAAAGAAUAUCGCUACUCCGGAUCUCGACCAGAAGAAACUCGUGUACCUCUAUCUGAUGAAUUAUGCGAAGAGUCAUCCCGAUCUUUGUAUUUUGGCGGUGAAUACUUUUGUUCAGGACUCCGAAGAUCCGAAUCCACUUGUGAGAGCGCUGGCGAUACGGACUAUGGGGUGUAUUAGAGUGGAUAAGAUGGUGGAUUAUAUGGAGGAGCCGUUAAAGAAGACGUUGAAGGACGAAAGUCCCUACGUGCGAAAAACGGCUGCGAUCUGUGUAGCCAAGUUAUUCGAUCUAAACCCUCAACUCUGCCUUGAAAACGGAUUCCUAGAGCAACUACAGGAAAUGAUUGCAGAUUCGAAUCCAAUGGUUGUUGCCAAUUCCGUAACAGCUCUGGCAGAGAUCAUGCAUUCUGCGCCGGAGACCGGGGCGUUGGCUAUUACACCUGCGGUUUUGAAGAAGCUAUUGUUGGCGCUGAAUGAGUGUACUGAAUGGGGUCGAAUUACGAUCUUGACACAAUUGGCCGAGUACAAGACUACAGAUCUUAAGGAGAUGGAGCAUAUUUGCGAAAGAGUCGUUCCACAGUUCCAGCACGUGAACCCUAGUGUUGUUAUCUCUGCUAUCAAGGUCGUCUUUGCGCAUAUGAAAGGCUUGAAUUAUGAGGUCGUCAAGACAUAUAUGAGGAAGAUGGCGCCACCACUUGUCACUCUCCUCUCCUCCGCCCCCGAAGUUCAGUACGUCGCCCUUAGAAAUAUCAACCUCCUCCUCCAAAAGCAACCGGACAUUCUUUCCAAAGAAAUGAGGGUCUUUUUCUGCAAAUUCAACGACCCGCCGUACGUCAAACUUGAGAAGCUUGAAAUUAUGAUCCGGAUAGCAAAUGACUCAAAUGUGGAUCAACUCCUGAUGGAACUUAAAGAGUACGCAUUGGAAGUUGAUAUGGACUUCGUAAGGAGAGCGGUUAAGGCUAUUGGGCAGUGUGCUAUUAAAAUCGAGAGUGCGAAGGAUAAAUGUGUGAAUGUCCUUAUGGACUUGAUUAACACAAAGGUCAACUACGUAGUCCAAGAAGCUAUUGUUGUUAUCAAGGACAUUUUGCGGAAAUACCCCGGAUACGAAGGUAUAAUACCACAACUCUGCCAAUCCCUCGACGAACUCGACGAGCCCGGCGCACGAGGAUCGUUAAUAUGGAUCGUGGGAGAAUACGCCGAAAAGAUCGACAACGCCGAUGAGAUCCUAUCAACAUUCAUUGACGGAUUAGAAGAAGAGGAGACACAAGUGCAGCUCCAACUUUUGACCGCCGGUGUUAAGUUGUUCCUGAAGAAACCACAAACACAGGCGUUGGUACAGAAAGUGUUACAAUCCGUAACUACCAAGAGCGAUAACCCGGAUUUGAGAGAUCGGGCGUUCAUUUAUUGGAGAUUGUUGUCGAACGAUCCGGCUUUGGCGAAGACAAUCAUUCUUGCUGAUAAGCCACCAAUUACUUCAACCAUCAAGUCGUUACCACCUGGGCUGUUGGAACAGCUACUUUCGGAAAUUUCUACGCUCGCAUCGGUGUACCACAAGCCGCCAGAGACAUUUGUUGGACAUGGAAGGACGGGUGCAGAUGCUCUGCAGAAGAGAGCAUUAGAGGAAGCACAACAAAACGCGCGCGAAAAUCCUAUUCAAGCAGCCGCCGUAUCAGGCGGCAAAGUCACCAAUGUGGAUAACCUGUUGGAUAUCGAUUUCGAUGGCGGAGCACCUGCAAGUGCAUCCACGCCAUCGAACGAUCUGUUCGGAGCAGACUCGGCGGAGACUAGUAGGGUCGCCAGUCCAAUUUCGGGACUAUCCGCGAAUCCUGGCGGGAUUCAGCAACCUGCCAAUAAUUUGGAUGAUCUACUAGGAGUUUUUGGUAGUGAUGGUAGUGUGCAGAACGGAGGAGGAAAUACGGGAGGUUCCGAGAUGGAUAUUUUGGGAGGAUUUGGGGGGAUGAGCUUGGGAGGAACGACGAGCCCACCGCCACCACCACCUCAGCAAGGAGGACAACAGCAGAGAUCACAGAUGAAGAAUGAAGAUAUUCUAGGAUUGUUUUGA